CACGAGCUUCGGACCACAUCAACGUUUGCUGCGAUUACCAACAACGCACACUAGUUCAAAGCUCUCGGAACCCUAACAAUCACAGAUCGAUCGACCUGUGCAAUAAGCACCCAAACUUCUUUGAUUUUCAGGAACACACAAUCCAACUCCAAUGGCGAUGGCUGCCCUGAGAAGAGAAGGGAGGCGUUUCGGUCCUCUUGUUUCUUCUCCAAGCCCUAUCAAUGCGAUUCGAUCCACUCUUGUUCCUACCGAGGAGCAAGUAGGUCUUGGGGUUCGUUCCAUUUCAACUCAAAUUGUUAGAAACCGCAUGAAGAGUGUAAAGAAUAUUCAGAAGAUUACAAAGGCCAUGAAGAUGGUUGCAGCUUCAAAGCUGAGAGCAAUUCAAGUUAGAGCUGAAAAUUCUCGUGGACUUUGGCAACCAUUUACUGCUCUCCUUGGUGACACCCCAAGUGUGAGUGUGAAGAAGAAUGUGAUUGUGACAAUCUCAUCAGACAAGGGUCUUUGUGGUGGUAUUAAUUCUACAUCAGUGAAGAUAAGCAGGGCUCUUUACAAAGUCAAUGCUGGUCCAGACACAGAAACUAAAUAUGUGAUUUUGGGAGAAAAGGCAAAGGCCCAACUCAUCCGUGACUCCAAGAAAGACAUUUCACUCAUUAUGACUGAGUUGCAAAAGAAUUUUCUCAACUACACCCAGGUAUCUGUACUUGCAGAUGACAUCUUGAAGAAUGUUGAGUUUGAUGCUUUGAGGAUCGUAUUCAAUAAAUUCCAAUCAGUUGUCUCGUUUCUGCCUACAACUGCAACUGUGUUGUCUCCUGAGAUUGUGGAAAGAGAAUCUGAGGCUGGAGGAAAGAUUGGUAGUUUGGAUGCUUAUGAAAUUGAAGGUGGUGAAACAAAGUCAGAAGUUCUUCAGAAUCUUGCAGAGUUUCAGUUUUCAUGCGUGAUGUUUAACGCGGUUUUGGAGAAUGCAUGCAGUGAACAAGGAGCUCGUAUGUCUGCCAUGGACAGUUCCAGCAGAAAUGCUGGUGACAUGCUUGAUCGUCUCACUCUCACAUACAACAGGACUCGUCAAGCAUCUAUCACAACUGAGCUGAUUGAGAUUAUUUCUGGAGCGUCUGCGUUGACGGGUUAAUUAUUUCUUUUACUUUUUUGUUGCAAAAGCCUGAAAUAAGUUUGUUGGAAAUUUGAUAAUAAUCUGGGCUUGAUUGACUGACUCUUUUCAUCAGGGGCAAAUCUGUCCCUUAGCAGUUGAGUUUGUUGAGGUUUUCUCAUUCUUGUAUUGAAUGGCUUUCAGCCAAUUUCGUUUACAAUGUCAAUGUAUUUUGUUGGUUGAUACGAGUGUGACGAUUAUACCCUUUGCUAGUGGAUAAUGGUGAAAAUGGGGACACGAUUUAA